CACCGCCGCUUACAUCGUCCUCCUCCGUUUCCUUCCAACAGCACUGCCUUCUUCGCCGGAAAGAUGAGGCCGAUACUGAUGAAGGGGCAUGAAAGGCCUCUGACUUUCCUCAAGUACAACAGAGACGGAGAUCUCUUGUUUUCCUGCGCCAAGGAUCAUACUCCCACCGUUUGGUUUGCCGAUAACGGCGAGCGUUUGGGAACCUACCGUGGCCACAAUGGCGCUGUUUGGUCCUGUGACGUCUCAAGAGACUCCACAAUGCUGGUUACUGGCAGUGCGGAUCAGACGGCAAAGUUAUGGAACGUUCAAACAGGGAUGCCGUUGUAUACAUUCAAUUUUGAUUCUCCAGCUAGGUCUGUGGACUUUGCAAUUGGUGAUAAGCUUGCAGUCAUUACUGCCGACCCCUUCAUGGAUGUGACUUCUGCAAUUCAUGUGAAACCCAUUGCCAGAGACCCCUCUGAUCAGACUGGGGAAUCUGUAUUGGUACUUAAGGGUCCUCAGGGGAGAAUAAACAGAGCUAUUUGGGGACCCUUGAACAGGACUAUCAUAAGUGCUGGAGAAGAUGCUGUGAUUCGUAUAUGGGAUUCUGAGACUGGAAAACUGCUUAAGGAGGAAACUGGUCAUAAAAAGACAAUUACAUCACUUGCAAAAGCUGCAGAUGGUUCACACUUCCUUACUGGUUCCCUGGAUAAAUCAGCAAAGCUCUGGGACUCUAGGACACUGACUCUCAUCAAGACCUACAUCACAGAACGCCCUGUCAAUGCUGUUGCAAUGUCUCCACUUCUUGACCAUGUGGUGCUUGGAGGUGGUCAGGAUGCAUCAGCGGUCACAACCACUGAUCAUCGUGCUGGGAAGUUUGAAGCCAAGUUCUAUGACAAGAUGCUUACAGAAGAAAUUGGAGGUGUGAAAGGGCACUUUGGACCUAUAAAUGCAUUAGCUUUCAACCCUGAUGGAAAAAGUUUCUCAAGUGGAGGUGAAGAUGGUUAUGUAAGAUUGCACCACUUUGACGCAGACUAUUUUAACAUCAAAAUUUAAUUUUUGGAGUUACUGAUAUGGUUUAGCAUUGAAGCCUUGUCAAAGAGUGGCAAGAAGGGAAACAAAUGCUUACACAGCAAAUAUGGCAAGGAGCUCUCCUUGUCAUUGUGUUGACUGUCAUGUGAUCACCUAUAUCUUACACUUUUCCUUUGCGGGAUUAGAGAUUUGCAGGAGACAUGCACAUAUAUAAACUCUUGUUCUGCUUAUUCAUGAAAUGCAGCAAUUUUGAUCAUUGUGAUACUGAAAUUUAAUUAGUGCACGGCAAGUUAUAAUUGUGGUGAUUAUAACUUAAUUAAAUACUCAGUUUUUUUUGUUGUAUCAGUCUGCAACUACACAGUAAUGCCAUCUUCCUCCUCCCAUCUUUAAAAACAA